ACAUGGAGGCCAUUUGGCUGUACCAGUUCCGGCUCAUUGUCAUCGGCGAUUCCACGGUGGGCAAGUCCUGCCUGAUCCGCCGCUUCACCGAGGGCCGUUUUGCUCAGGUUUCAGACCCCACCGUGGGGGUAGAUUUUUUUUCCCGCUUGGUGGAGAUCGAGCCAGGAAAACGCAUCAAGCUCCAGAUCUGGGAUACAGCGGGUCAAGAAAGGUUCAGAUCCAUCACUCGCGCCUACUACAGGAAUUCAGUAGGUGGUCUACUCUUAUUUGACAUUACCAACCGCAGGUCCUUCCAGAAUGUCCAUGAGUGGUUAGAAGAGACCAAAGUACACGUUCAGCCCUACCAAAUUGUAUUUGUUCUGGUGGGUCACAAGUGUGACCUGGAUACACAGAGGCAAGUGACUCGCCACGAGGCCGAGAAACUGGCUGCUGCAUACGGCAUGAAGUACAUUGAGACGUCAGCCCGAGAUGCCAUUAAUGUGGAGAAAGCCUUCACAGACCUGACAAGAGACAUAUAUGAGCUGGUUAAAAGAGGGGAGAUUACAAUCCAGGAGGGUUGGGAAGGGGUGAAGAGUGGAUUUGUACCAAAUGUGGUUCACUCUUCGGAAGAAGUUAUCAAAUCAGAGAGGAGAUGUUUGUGCUAGUCAACCCUUAUAUUUUCAAAAAAUACUCUCCCAUUUGAACUUAAAAGUUACCGAAAUAAAUAGAAUCCUUAUGUGACUGAAGAGAACUCAACCUUUGAAUAACAAAUGAGCCUUCUUCCUAGGGGUGGAGCUCUGACAGGUUCAUGUGUGGGUAGAUAGGGAGUCCAGGUGCUGUGAUUGAGGGACUAAAUUGCUGACAUGGGCUAGAUUAGACAUUGUUUUAUGGCCCAGGCUUGGCAAUGAUUGCUCUGUGUGCUCUUUGUGAACCACAUAUUAAGGGUCUGGGGUUUUGGAAGUUAGGUUCCAGGAAAACAUACCUACAGAGAGAAAAACUGUUCCUUGGUAUUUUAACUUUGCAGAUGUGGUGACCAUAAAGAAACAUGUAGAAGGAAAUCAAGUAUCAAAUUGAGGACAAUUAGAAUAACUGAAAGAAGAGUAUGGUAUCAAUUUAUUCAAUGAUAAUACCAUGCCAGAUGUGUCCUGAGUUUGAUACAAACACACUAAUUCACUUUUAACAGUUCAACUGUAAAAUGAAAGGCCCAUAUGAAUUAUCUAUUCAGUAAGGCCCUUACAAGGUCGAGCAGUCUAGUAAAAAUGAUGUGAUUAUGAAAAGGGAAGUCAUUCACACCUUGUUAUUAAUCACAUUUGAGAAGUGUACACUCUCAAGAUAGAGUUACGAACUGUGUGAAAGAAACUGUCCCGUGUAAAAUGACCGUGUAUUUCCUCUGACCAUACCUGGACUUUCACUGCAUCAGCGAACUACAAUCUGAAAGGAAGCAUACUGUCUGCUUCUUUAGGCACUGACAGUGACAACACAGAGAUUGUCUACAAAGAACCCUGAGUCAAGUCCUUGAUCAUUGGUUCUGUACUGAAUAUUUGCUCAGCGUGUGGCCCUGGAACCCUUAAAAAUCCUGCAUAUUGAUUUACU